UUUAACUUAAAUUCCAUGUCUAUGAGGUAAUAUUCAGUUUUGCUAGGUAAAUGAUUGCACAUGAUGUCGUUAUAUCGAAUAGAAGGACGGUUUCUAUGCCAACUGAAAGUGUUUUGACAGCAUAUUUUUAACUCAUACAAAAUCAGGUUUUACAAUCUUUGCAAAAUUCAACCUUGAAAGCAAUGAUUACAACGUGAAAAGGUGAACAGGUGUUUCCAUAUGCAGAUAAACUUUUCAGAUUUAAGAACUCUUCCACUGUCUUUCAGGCAAUCAUUGUUUUCCAAAAAAAGGCAACCUAGUGUUAAAUAUUCAUAAGGCCGUUAAGUCGUCUUAAGCUGCAGUUCACCAAUCAUUAUCAAAUUUGAUGUGUCGAAAUACAAAUUAACUUCCCACCGCCAACAGCAGUAUACGCCAAUAAUUAGUUAUUUUAAAAUAUUGAACCAAGUCGUUCAUUGCACCGAAGCAUGGUUUUAUCCUCAAAUAUUAAACAUUUCUGACUCAGACAACACAGUUUGCCGCAUUUGGAAGACACCAAAAUGAUGGGACCCGUAUAAUUUCCAAAACAUGUUAUGGUGUAAUAAUCAGAGGUGGGAAAUGAACGUGUCUGUUUACCCCAGCAACCAAUCACAUGCAGCCGUGCAGCCCAGUUAUGGAAAUAUUUUGGCUGCUAUUUUGGGAAGUGUUCUGAUAAUCUCCACGUUAAUUGGGAAUUCUCUCGUAUGCAUAAACUUUUACUUGUUUAAGGAACUCAGAACUGUGUGCCAUUAUUUCGUCAUAAGUCUUAGUGCAGCGGACAUCUUGGUUGCUUUGGUAGCUAUGCCUUUCUGGUGUGCUUUGCAGGUCACUUCAAAUCAAUGGUUGUUUAGUCAGGAGUUGAGAAUUUUUUGGAACUGCAUGGAUAUUUUGUGCGGAAGCGCUUCAAUUAUGAACCUUGCUGCUGUUUCAAUCGACCGACAUGCAGCUAUUACAGAUCCCUUUUCCUACCAAAAUGUUAUGACUUCCGUACGAGCAAUCGGCAUGAUUGUUUUUGUUUGGCUAUACUCCUUACUAGUCUCAGGACUGCGGUUAGCGAGUUGGCCCACGAAGUCAAGCUAUAUGCUUUUCAUCGCCCUUUCUAGCUUCUUCUUGCCCUUGUUUAUAAUGAUCGUUAUGUAUGUAAAGAUUUACUUUGUUGCAAGAAAACAAGCGCACCUUUUAAGAAGAGGCAGGAGCUAUGCGAAGGAUGUGAAAGCUGCCAAGACAAUCGCUCUUUUGAUUGGUUUGUUUGUCAUUUGUUGGGGACCAUUUUUCGCCAUCAUUCUUUGCUUUGCUUACGAUCAGUCAUGUCCAGUACCAAGCUCACUGUUUAACGUUAUCAAGUGGAUGGAGUACACAAGCUCAUGUCUGAAUCCAAUUAUCUACACUUUCCUUGAUCGCAGUUAUAGAAGAGCCUUUCGUAAACUUUGCAAGCUUGUACGCAAAAGUCGUCACCAAUCCAAUUCGUCUACUACUGCAGGAUCUCAGCUAAGAGACGGAGGCUCGUUUACUGGCAGCCAUCAGGCCUCGGACAGUGUUGUGGAUCCAAGACGCAAGCGAACUGGUUCAAUUAUUGGUGCCUGUUUGGGACCCAGCAAAGAUUCAACAAUCUAGUCAAAAUUAAUCAAUCAGAAAGAGAAAAAGUUAUGUGUACAACAUCAUUCUCUUGUGUAAUAAACCGAUGGCCAGCACUAAGAUACAAAAAUACCUACCAUGAGAACUCUGAUACUACCCGCUUAUACUCUAUUUUUACUUUUGGAGUAAAUUUUUGCUUUUGGUGAAAAGAAUUUUCCUUGAGAAAAGUAGACGGGUUGUUUUCUAGCUCUACUCUUACUCUUGAUACCGUUAAAAUGGGAUUCAUUUACAA